AUGGGUGAAGGUUCAACUGGAAAGAUGUACAAAGGAAGACUGGAAAACGGGACUCAAGUAGUUAUACGGUGCCUAACAGUAUCAAAAAGAUUUACAAUUCGAAAUCUCAAACUAAGACUCGAUUUGUUGGCUAAGCUCCAGCAUCCUCAUUUAGUUUGCCUCUUGGGGCACUGCAUCCAGAAUGAAGGAAAGGAUGAAUCUGGUGUAAACAAUGUCUACCUCAUAUACGAAUAUGUACCCAAUGGAAAUUAUCAAGCUCGUCUUUCGGAAACUAAUCUCGAGAAGGUACUCAAAUGGUCCGACAGACUGGCAAUUCUGAUUGGUGUUGCCAAGGCUGUACAUUUUCUUCACACUGGAAUUAUUCCCGGUUUCUUCAAUAAUCGAUUGAAGGCGAACAAUAUAUUGCUGAAUGAGCAUUGGAUGGGAAAGCUGAGUGAUUAUGGACUGUCAAUUGUAGUCCAAGAGAUUGAUGAGCACAAGGCAGAAGGCCUUAAAGCAUGGCAUAUAAAGAGCUUUGAGGAUGAUGUUUAUAGCUUUGGAUUGAUAUUAUUCCGGUCGCUUAUCGGCCCUUCAUUCUCUGAGAGAAACGAGGCAUUUUUGCUUAAUGAGAUGGUUUCUUUAGGUACUCCUGAUGGCCAGAGGCGAAUAGUUGACCCAUCUAUACUCACGUCUUGCUCUCAAGAAUCUCUAUCGAUUAUCAUAUCCGUAGCGAACAAAUGCGUUUCUCAGGAAUCUUCGACUCGUCCAUCUUUAGAGGAUGUUCUUUGGAACUUGCAGUAUGCAGCUCAAGUUCAAUCAACUGCAGAUGGAGAACAAAGAUCUUGA